AUGGAAACGCAGGGGCUGCCCGCCGCGGAGGCGGCCCGGGCCCGGCCCGGCGCCCAACAUGGCGGCCCCGCCGCGCCGCCCGCCGCCCCGCGCCGCCCGCCGCCGCCGCCCGACUGGGAGCCGGCGGCCCCCGCCGCCGCCGCCUCCUCCGCCGCCAGCACCGCCGCGUCGGGCCUCUACGUGAGCUUCCCGGUGCUGCUGGUGGAGGAGAAGCCGGAACCCGGCGUCAGCCCGGCGCCCAGCCCUUGCGCGCCGCCGGCGGGGCCCGCGCCCGACAACGAUGGGCUCCUGCUCGUUUUCAACGUGGUGCGCGGCGCGGCCGAGGCCGGCUCGGGCGGCGGCGGCGAAGCGGGGCGCGCUCAGCCCGGCCCGCCGCCCGCGGAGCCGCCUGAGGAGGCCCCCGGCUCGGCUGCGCCGCCGCCGCCGCCUCCCCCGCCGCCGCCUCUGCCCCCCGCGGGCGGCGAUGGCGGCGGCGCGGAGGACGGCUCCUUCUCGGGGACCAUCACCAUCAACAACCAGAGCCUGGUGGUGCGCAUCGAGAACGGCGUCCUAACGCUGGGGCCCGGGGCCGAGCAGGCCGCGGGCGCCGCGCCGCCGCCACCCGCUCCGCCGCCGCCCCCCGCCGCCAGCCCCUCCGAGCCGCCGGGUGGGCCGCGGCCGCGCUCGCCGCCGGCCUUCCCCUGCCCGGAGCCGCGCUGCGGAGAGGCCUUUCCGCGCAAGCAGCAGCUGCGGCUGCACCGCCUCUCGGCGCACGGCGGCGGGGAGGACGGCCGGGGGGCGGCGGGGCCGCCGGCGGCGGCGCGACCCUUCGGUUGCCCGGUGCCGGGCUGCGCCUGGUCCUUCGCCACGGCCUACAAGCUGCGGCGGCACCUGCACUCGCACGACAAGCUGCGGCCUUUCGCCUGCGCGGCGCCGGGCUGCGCCAAGCGCUUCACCACCGUCUACAACCUGCGGGCCCACAGCCGCGCCCACGAGCAGGAGGCGGCGCACAAAUGCGAGGCGUGCGGGCAGCGCUUCCCCAGCGCCGCCCGCCUCGCCGCCCACCGCCGCCGCAGCCACCUGGAGCCCGAGCGGCCCUACCGCUGUGACUUCCCCGGCUGUGAAAGAACGUUUAUAACAGUGAGUGCAUUAUUCUCCCAUAAUCGAGCCCACUUCAGAGAGCAAGAACAGUUCUCCUGUUCAUUCCCUGGCUGUAACAAGCAGUAUGACAAAGCCUGCCGACUGAAAAUCCACAUGAGGAGUCACACAGGUGAACGGCCUUUUAUCUGUGACUUUGAAGGUUGUGGCUGGUCUUUCACCAGUAUGUCCAAGCUGCUGAGACACAAAAGGAAACAUGAAGAUGACAGGAGAUUUAUGUGCCCAGUAGAAGGCUGUGGAAAGUCCUUUACAAGAGCAGAACACUUGAAGGGACACAGUAUAACUCACCUUGGUACAAAACCUUUUGAGUGUCCAGUAGAAGGCUGUUGUGCAAAAUUUUCAGCGAGAAGUAGUCUGUACAUCCACUCCAAAAAACAUCUUCAGGAUGUGGACUCAUUAAAGACUCGUUGCCCUGUGUCAAGCUGUAAUAAAUUGUUCACUUCCAAACACAGUAUGAAGACUCAUAUGGUCAAACAGCAUAACUUCAGCCCAGAUCUCCUAACUCAACUCGAAGCAACAAGCUCCCUCACACCCAGCAGUGAACUCACUAGUCCGGGACAAAGCGAUCUCAGCAAUGUGGACCUAGUAUCCCUCUUCUCCAACGUGUCCAGCAACAGUUCUGGAAUCACAGCAGACAUGGCACUGGUGAACUCUGGAAUUGUCACCAUCGAUGUUGCUUCGGUGGGUUCAACGCUCGGAGGAAACCUGCCUGUCAGUACCAAUUCCCUAAGCCAGGCAGUGGAUCCCUUGAUCCUGGUGGCUAGCAGCGAUAUGCAGCAGAGCCUGGACAGUUCUCUCUUGCUGGGAACCAGUGCAACAGUUCUACAGCAAAGCACUUUAAAUUUAGAUGAUGUCCAGACUGUCAAUGCAGAAGCCCUGGGUUCGCUGGCAUCUCUGUCAGUGAGGAAUUCCAGUCAGGAUAUGCACGGUCUGACAUCCAGCAAUAACUUAACAAUGGACACAGCCACUUUGACUCCUUCCAGCAGCCUGGGCAGCGCCAAUGUGCCCGAGUUACUCACACCGACGAAAGUUGACCGGAAUUUGCUUCCCGUCUCGGACGUUGUCGGUCAACAAGAGGGCAGCAAAGUAGUGACACAGUUUGUCUUCUCCAACCCUCCAGGGAGCUACAGUGCACAGAAAGAAAUGGAUCUUGGCACAGUGACUGGCAGCUCAUUUUUGGAGAGCAGUGGGUCUGCAAGAACAGACUACAGAGCCAUUCAGCUAGCCAAGAAAAGAAAACAAAAAGGGAAUGGGAGCAGCACAGGGGCAUCUGGCUCUGGUCAGAGGAAAAGCAAAGGCGGUAAAGUAAGCCCCACCAGCUUUUCAUCAUCCACUCCUGGCAGUCGACUGGGUGGCAACAUAGUUCUGCCAAAUGGAGGGCUGACAAUAAGGGACCCUGCCACUGGAGCCCAGUAUGUGCAAAUUCAGCUUCUUCAGGAUGAUUCCCCGGGAGAGGGAGAUUUGCCCUUUCAGCUGAGCUCUCAGUCCUCCUCGUCACAUUCUCAGCUUACAGUGGAUUUACCCGUUCACAUACUUCAGGAACCACACAAUUCCACUGAAGAUGAUGCAGGUUCUGAUAACUCUCAGUUCACUGGGAGCACAAUAAACUUACAGGAUCUGGAAUGACCAUUAAUAAGAACAGUUGCUUGGAAACCAACUGGGCAAUCAUGUCACGACAGAGGGAGAGAACUGUGUGGGUCUUCUUCCAAGGAAAAUAAGCAAAGUAGGAGUACUGGGUUUCUGGUUGCACUCUUUGCAAUUUGCUAAGGACAGUUGCAGUGGAAAGACUUUCUUAAAAAAUGUAACUCCCACUUGAUGUGCCUGUGUAAGAUACCCUGUCUGCCUGGUGGCUGGGAGAGACUGAGGCAGACUGCUGUACAGUGUUGUUUCAGGGAGAAGUAUUGUAUUAAACUUCAAACUGAGGUAAUAUUUUACUGUUUUCACAAGAAAGCAAGUAUUCUACAGCUAACAAGUACAAAUUUAUAAUCCUGCCUACAACAGUUAAAAAUUUCCAUUGGCCUCUUGCUGGAGCCAGUGGCAUUGAGGAAUUAAGAGCUAAAAUUUGCAAGAGUUUUCCACACACACACGAAAAAUAAUUGUUCUGGCCCCUGUGUUUUGGCAGAAAACCGGAAUAAAGUGUCACAUGUAACAAAAUUAAUGUCCUAUGCCAUGGAAAUGAGAUGCUCCAGAAUCUUUGUUUUAGAAAGCUAGAUUCUAAAUGUUAACUUAGCUGUGAAUCAGUUUGUAGCUCAUGUUGAGUUUCUCCCUUUCCUUGCUCCUAUGUCCCAAAUACUUUGCUGAAUUCUUCCAGCAAAACUUGAAAAAGGAAACUGCAAUAGAACUGUCUCACUGUAAGUGAUUAGCUAAGAGUCCAGCAGUAUCUGAGAGCUUUGGUUUAUCUUUGUGUUCCCUUUUUGGGGAGAAAUGUUGACCGUCAUGUAAAUUUAAGCACCUUGAUUUUUGUCUCAUCUAUAAACUGCUGCCAAGUUACCUGUAAACUGGCCACUCCCUUUUUGUUUGGGGUUGUUUUUUUUUCACCUGAACACUGUUACCACUUGUUCUUUGUUGAUAUCCCACCGUGUCACGUGCACGUGGAGCUUCCGUCUGGUUUACGGAGUAUGCAGUUGUCAGAGUAUUUUAUGAGGGGAAUUGUUACCUAGGAAGCUUUGCCCCACUGAAAAACUGCAGUUUCUCCUGGGGGCAGGGGGAGAGGUUGUAUGUACUGUACUUUUAUCUGGAUUGCAGACACCUACAUAAAUAUAGGGUCGAAUAGGAAAAACAAACCGCCUUUGGUUACAUUUUACGGUAGUAAUUUAAAUGUUUCUUAUAGUGAUGUACUGAAUGCCUAUAAAGUUCUGUAUAGGAGUUUGACAAAAGGGUGUAUGUACUGUUUUUUCUUCUCCAUGAGGGGCGUGUGUAUGCACGUAUGUGUAUUCUUUUGUACAGAAAUAAGACACAUCAUGCAGGAGAACGUUGUGAUCUUUCCAGUCUUGCACAUAUUUAUUUAUUUACAGUUCUACCGGUGUUGAAUUCUCACGAGGUCGUUCAGAAAUGCUUUUAUUUCCUGUGCCUUUUGAACUGUGGAUGUGUCCAGAUAAAUGCUUUUUUCUUUUUCAGUUGGAGAAUUGGGUAGGGGGGAAAAAAAAAGCAUACAGGUUACAUUUGAGUUCAGCUCCGGAUUUGUAGGCAGUGUUAUAUCCUCUGCUUGAACCAGUUUUCUUUUUCUACCUUUUAACUCUGAACAUUGAGGUCUCUGUUCCUCUCAUCCUGAGUUUAUAGCUUAUGUCUGGGGAAUCUCCUCACCCUCUCAGGUUGGGUUUCCAAACAAAACUAACUGGUAGAUGAGAUCUUCUACCUGGUAGCUGUGACUGCAGCAUGGAGUCCACUUCUGAGAGGUAGAAAGAUUGAGGAGGAAUCAUGAUGAAGGAACUCCUGGGUCUUGCUCUAGCAGUCACCACGCUCUCCCUCGGAAGCUGAGACGCCUCGAGCUCCCAAUGCCUGCAUUCUGCUCUCAAGGACCAUACCAGUUCUUAUCUAUUAAAACGGCCAAGGAACACUCCAUCUUUUUAUGAGACUUGCAACCAAAUCUUUCUACUUCUGAAAAUGUACCUCACUCAGCUUUGUAAGUGAAUGUAAAGUGCAAACCUCUUGGGGCCGAAAAUUGGAUCACUCGACUUCAACUCCAUUGCUGGCAAUGGAUACCUGAAGAACUGCUGGUGCAAAAGGGUUAAUAAAGCUUUUUUUAUGGUCAGUU